AACCGCAUAAAUAAAAAUAUUUUUUUAGACCCCUCGAAAUGGCUCAAUAAGCCCCGCCCACUCAAUGUAAACCGUGAAUGUGUUUCUUGCCAUUCUGUCGGAUUACUCUGUUUCUGUGAGAGAAGAGCAUCUGAGCAUCACAGUCAUCAUGUCUUACAGAAUGACGGACAGCAGUCACUCACAGCCGAGAGAUUUCAACAACCUCACUCAGACAUGCAGCUCAAACAUCCAGAAAAUCACACAAAACACUGGUCAAAUCAAGAGCAUGCUUUUUCAACUUGGUACCAGACCAGACACACCAGAACUUCAGGAUAGACUCCAGCAAAUGCAGCACUACACAAACCAGUUAGCAAAAGAGACCAACAGACAUCUGAAAGACCUGGGCUCUUUACCACAGCCGCAGUCUCCUUCAGAACAGCGGCAGCAGAAGAUUCAGAAAGACCGUCUGAUGAAUGACUUCUCAGCGGCCCUCAACAACUUCCAAGUGGUCCAGCGGCGAGCUGCAGAGAGGGAGCGUGAAUCAGUGGCGCGGGCACGAGCUGGCUCCAGACUCCACGUUGAUGAGCUCAAUCAAGAUGAACAGCUUGUGACAUUUGAAAAAAAUGAAGGGUGGAGGAUGCAGGCAGAAGAGGAGCCUUUCACAGAAGAGGACCUUGAGCUUAUUAAAGAGAGGGAGACCAAUAUCCGUCAGCUGGAGUCGGACAUUGUGGAUGUGAAUCAGAUCUUCAAGGACCUUGCAGUCAUGAUCCAUGACCAGGGUGACAUGAUAGAUAGCAUUGAAGCCAACGUGGAGAGUGCAGAGGUGCAUGUGGAGCGAGGAGCUGAACAACUCCAGCAGGCGGCUUAUCAUCAGAGAAAAUCCCGCAAGAGGAUGUGUUUUCUGGCUCUUAUCCUGUCGCUAGUGGCGUCCAUCUUUGCUAUAAUCAUUUGGCAAGUAGUCAGAUAAAAUGAGAGCAGAAUCGGACAGAAGUACUGGAUCCUACUUCAGUGUUGAGUGAAUGACGUGUGUGUGUUUUGUGAAAAAAAAACAUUAAAUUUCUGUACGAAUGGCUGGUAAUAUUGUGAUGUGAACCCUAGGGUCUCCUGAACGUUUCAACCCAUAUACUGCCUUCUUAUCUAAAACAGUUAUCAAACAUCACAUCACCUCAGAUCUCAGCUCAAGCAUGGCUCACAGAAACACAUUGUAUUUUUAUUUAUUAAUAUAUAAAUAAAUAAAAAACCCUGCAGUUGUACGUCUGGUAGUUGAUUGUGCUAAAGUGGAAUUAUUGCAAGUAUAUUUGCAAGUAAAUAUCUUGCAUUUAAAGUCUAAUAUUAUUCAAAGAUUAUUCAAUCUUCAUCAAAAACAUUUUAAGCUUAAUAUUAAGAAAUGCACAUUGUGCAAAAAUAGUACUCCAAAUAAAGUUCCAUUAUCAUUUUUAUGUCAGUAAGUCUCCAGUGAUAUGUCAGUAAAUAGUAGAUGAUUAGAUUGGAACUACUGUAUACUUAGUAUGAAAUAAAUGUAUUUUAAAUAUAUUAUGGAUCAGAUCCCAAUAUUAAGAGCCAUUCAUGCAGAAAUUCAGAUGAGUGUUUUCACUAAAUCUGCACUUAUGUGUUAAAAAAACAAUGCUAGUAUAAGAGAAUAGUUUCCGCAUAAAAAUGUCUGUCAAUUAAAAUUUCUGGAUCAUAUACAGUACAGCAUUAAUCAUGAGAAGGUUUACGUUUGCAACCACUUGCAUGAAUGUAAUUCCUUUUAAAAUAUGGGUUGUUGCUUCAGGUCUUGAUUCAUUUUUUUUUUCAACUGAAAUUAUGCAAAAAUAUUGAUUUCUCAAAAUGAUUUCAAAGAUUUUAAUGCUGUGUAUGUUUUUAUGCCCAGUGCUUUGAUUCUCACAAGUACAUGUAUUUCUCAGUAGUACAUAAAUAUGAAAUAUGUUUUAAUAAAUUGUUCCUCAGUGCUUAU